AAUUCAAGGGUGGCACUUUCCAGAUACCUACAAAUAUUACUAGUUGAUCUUAGUACUAGUUAAAAGUCUUUUUUUACGUCCACUGCUGCAAAACUUUUGAUGGUGUGGUUCGAGUGCACAGAUUGUGGAGAGUCAUUGAAGAAGCCAAAGGUGCAGAAUCACACAUACUCCUGCUCGGCGUCUGCCUUCAAUUGCAUCGACUGCGGUCGCACAUUUGACCGCCAUUCCGUGAAGGAACACACCACAUGUGUGACAGAGCAUGACAAGUAUGCAAAGGGCGCUACAAAACCCGGAGGCUUUGCCGCGCAAGGCUUCUAUGGCAGCAGUGAGAAAGCAAAGCCAGAAGCGCCGGCGGGGCCAUCCGGGCUGGAAUUCCUGGCGACCCGUGCUCCCUGGAGGUGCAGCGUGUGCAAUGUGACAUGCACCAGCAGCGAGACCCUCAUGGGGCAUGCCGCAGGCGCAAAGCACAAGCGCAGGGCGAGGGCUGCCAGCAAGGGCCAGGGAGGGAGUGGUGGCAGUGAGGAGCAGGCGGGUGCAGCUGCAACGGGAGAUGAAGCUCCUGCACCGAGCAGCCAGGGGGCACCCAGCGUGCAAACUGUCACCAAUGGCAAGGCAGCAGGAAAGAAGCGGAAGCAUGAGGCGGUCGCACAGAGCUUGCCCAGCGACUCUAAGAUGCCAAAGGGGGACUCGCCCAGCACCUCGGGGGCCCAGCAGGGCUCUACAGCGGAGCAGACCAACGGGGUCGCAUCCGGCAGCAAAACAGAGAAGGGGUACAAGUGGAAGAAGCUGGCGGAGAAGGUGCUGCAGGCCAGGGGUGAAAACAAGAAGAUGAAGGUCCGCAAGCUGCAGCUGAAGGUUCUUGCAGCGGCUGGGCUGAGCGCUGAUGUCAUAGGCAGCCAUGGGGAUGCCAUGCUGCAGCGAUGGCACAAGUCCCGCAGCCGGUUCUGUGUGCAGGAUGGCUAUGUCAGUCUGAAGCAGCCUGAAUAA